AUGCUGCGACGACGAGCUUUGCGGUUGAGCUCCUCGCUUUGCUCUCGCGAACUCUCCACACUGGAAGCCCGCUGGGACCCGCACUGGCGAUGGAGCAGAAAUGGGGCAGCGGAGCGACGGCGCCACUUGGCCUCGAUUGCGGACCCUCCUUCGACUUCGACCCUACACGCGAGUCAAUUCUCCCCUUCCCCGGAUCCUCUUCUCGAGACAUUGCUCACGGCGAUUCGAAAACGCGAUGUUGCCGUCAUCAGCCUCGCGUUCCUUCAAUGGACAAGGGCGCUUAGGGACCAGGAUGACCCAGCGCACGAUGCUGCGCUGCACAGCUUGAUGAGCAUGCCGCGGUCGACAUUGUCGGAUAUCUUGCGGGGCAUGGAUCCGAUUGCUCAUCCUGAGCAUGACUUGAUGCGGGGCAUCAGUAUAUCUCAGGGUUUGGCGCGGAAUUCUGAUGCAGCGAGAUUCGUCGAUGAUUUCGGUGUCCGGGUCCACAGUCGACAGGUCAUGGAAGGCAUGGCCACCAUCUUGGAACAGUGUCGCGUGCACAGCAUCACUCUCCGGCCAGAGGACUUUGUCGUCUUCAUGCGCUGUGUGGGCGCCGGCGUUGAGCUGCGCAUGGCGCAUGCCACCUUUGGCGCGAUGUUUGAGGCAGGGCUGGCGCCACAGCGUACCACAAAGACGUGGACAGAAUUUGUAAAGACGCGCUUCAUGAUGGAACCGACGUAUUACUCGUUUGACCGGACCCGGGUGCUCAUGGAGCCACGGCAACUGAUUCGCCAUUCACAUGUACGCGCAGAGGAGAAGAGCACAGUGAAGGCCAUCGACCGGAUUCACAUGUCCAUGAAUGCUCUGCAGAUCUCCCCUUGGAACAGACGACGGGACCAGCCGGACGAGGACAAUAGACGCUAUCUCCGUCGGCCUGGUGGUACCUUGCAAUCCGGAGGUGGCAUGGAGACCAACGACCACCGCUCGUUCUGGGCCCAUUACAAUCGUUCAAGGGCGUAUCCAAACGACAUGGACGAAGAGCUGGUGUGUGCCUGUCUGAUCGGGUUUGCCAAGUCCAGCGACAUGCAAGCCGUCCUGGAGACUGUCCUCCGUAAAGAAUACGGCGUGAGAGUCGAUCAAAGUACCCAUGAGAUCUCUGGUGGCAAGGAAUUGCAACGGGAUGACCCCAGAUGGCCAACAGGUCGUCUUCUUAACGCUUUGGUUGAGUCUUUCGGCACAAUGUCCGAGAUACCGCUGGGCAUGCAGCUCAUCGACUUCUUCUCGCAGCGGUACAGCAUACCUAUUGACCCUGAGGUAUGGUCCAAUUUGCUGAACUGGACACACACCACGGCAAACGCCGCGAACCAGAAAGGCCGCGUUAUGAUGUUUGGCAAAGACACCCAGAGAGUCGAAGCCAAGGACGUCGGGGCUGUAUUUGACAUGAUGACUUCGGAGCCGUACAAUAUUCAACCCUCCUUUGAGGAUCUCGAUCUGCGCAUCCGCAGCUACAUCAACAGCCAAGAGGUCACUCGAGCCCUGCAGAUGGUCAGGCAAGAAGCCAUGGACUACUACCGCAAGGUAUCGGACGAUCUAGAGACUGCCAUGCUUGAUGAGAUUAUGCUGCGUGACGCCGUUGUUAACCCGACCCUCGAGAACGGCACGACUAUAUCCAAGGCUACUCGGCUCAGGAGGCAGUGCGAAGCAGACAAGGAUUACGUCCAUAACCGCAUAGGCUUCCUCCUGGACAGGAUCAUCAAACAGGCCAGCAACCGCCGCGAGCACCGACACGGAGCCAUAACGACGGUGGAGAUCCCCAACAUCCUUUAUGAAUUUGCGGCCUUUUUCCCGCGCAACCUCAAAUAUCGGACAAGGAGUGGAUACGUCGUGAUCCAUGAAAUUGGUGGAGCAAGGCUUUUCAAGCCUGCGCUGAGGCAUACCCUCAUGACCAAGCAAGCAGCCGCGCAUGUACACCCUAAGUCCACCGAUGAGCUCGGUCAAACUCGGCAGAUCAAAGACGAAACGACGGGAAUCUUGCACGAGAAUCCUGAUUUUAUAUGGCCCACGAAUCCGAGUAUGGCAGUCCUGCACUCGGAACGAGCGCACACACAGAGGAGCAUGUCUGAGACUGGCAAGCCACCGCCUUAUCGACCUGAGCAUGGGCUGUCGUGGGAAGGGCGACAGUGGUGGAACGGCAUCGCCUCUCAGUUGAUACUGUAA